UUCUCAGAUUAUCAGAACUACAUUGUGAAUAGUUGUGUGAAGGAGAAUCCAACAAUGGAAAGAUCAAUUGCUCUUUGCAAUGGUAUCUCUCAGUGGGUGCAGCUAAUGGUUCUCAGCAGACCAACCCCACAGCUUCGGGCUGAAGUGUUCAUAAAGUUCAUUCAUGUUGCACAGAAGCUCCACCAGCUGCAGAAUUUCAAUACAUUAAUGGCAGUGAUAGGAGGUCUCUGUCACAGUUCCAUUUCCAGGCUCAAGGAAACAAGCUCAUGUGUUCCUCAUGAUGUAAUUAAGGUGUUUAAUGAAAUGACGGAACUGCUUUCAUCUUACAGAAAUUAUGAUAGUUAUCGACGUGCCUAUAAUGAGUGCAGUAACUUUAAGAUCCCAAUCCUUGGGGUCCACCUGAAGGACUUGAUAUCACUUUAUGAGGGCAUGCCAGACUACUUAGAAGACAAAAAAAUUAACAUAUACAAACUAUACUCUCUGUAUAACCACAUAAAUGAGCUGAUACAACUCCAGGAAAUGCCACUUCCCCUGGAGGCUAAUAUGGACCUAGUUCAUUUGCUUACACUGUCCCUUGAUCUUUACUACACAGAAGAUGAAAUUUAUGAGCUUUCAUAUGCACGAGAGCCACGAAGUCACCGAGCUGCCCCUUUGACACCUUCCAGACCACCAGUAGUUGCAGACUGGGCCUCAGGAGUAGCCCCAAAACCUGAUCCAAAAACCAUCAGCAAACAUGUUCAGAGGAUGGUAGAUUCUGUCUUCAAAAAUUAUGACCAUGAUCAAGAUGGAUACAUUUCCCAGGAAGAAUUUGAAAAAAUAGCUGCCAGUUUUCCAUUCUCAUUUUGUGUAAUGGCUAAGGACUGGGAAGGUCUGAUUAGCAGGGAUGAAAUAACAGCUUACUUUAUGAGGGCUAGCUCAAUCUAUUCCAAAUUAGGACUUGGCUUUGCUCACAACUUCCAAGAGACCACUUACUUAAGGCCUACUUUCUGCGACAACUGUGCUGGAUUUCUAUGGGGAGUCAUUAAACAGGGAUACAGAUGCAAAGACUGCGGCAUGAACUGUCACAAGCAAUGCAAAGACCUGGUUGUGAUAGAAUGCAAGAGAAGACCCAAAACUUCAGUUGCAGACAGCAGCCCAACAUCUGCGCUUGCUUCAAGCCUCUGCCCAGUAGGAGUUAAAGAGCAAUUCCAUGGUGAGAAAAGUUUACAUUAA